AUGUGCCAAGACUACACAGACCUAAACAAGGCCUGUCCGAAGGAUAGCUUCCCGUUACCUAGGAUCGACCAGCUCGUUGAUGCAAUGGCCAGUUAUGAACUGCUCAGCUUCAUGGACGCCUAUUCAGGAUACAACCAGAUAUUCAUGCACCCUGCCAACAGCGAGCAUACGGCAUUCAUCACUGACCGUGGAUUGUACUGUUACAAUGUCAUGCCGUUCGGCUUGAAAAACGCAGGGGCAAUAUAUCAAAGGCUUGUCAACCGAAUUUUCGCUAAACACAUCGGCAGCAUCAUGGAGGUUCAGAGAGGGAUCGAAGCAAAUCCCGAGAAAAUCAAGGCCAUAAUCGACAUGGAGAGGCCAAAAACGCAAAAGGACAUUCAGAGCCUUACCGGACGUGUCGCUGCCUUAACCCGCUUCAUCUCCAAGGCUACCGAUAAAUGUGUACCAUUCUUUAAAGCCUUGAAAUGGGGCAAACACCAUAUUGCUUGGACCGCCGAAUGCGACAAGGCAUUUCAAGACCUAAAGAACUACAUGAGCCAGGCACCGCUAUUGUCAAAACCACUUCCUGGAGAAGUUCUCCUUCUCUACCUUUCGAUAUCCACCACUGCCAUUAGCUCAAUGUUGAUACGGAAGCCAGAGAAGGCAGAACUACCAAUCUUCUAUGUCAGCAAGGUGCUGCAGAGCGUAAAGCUUCGGUAUCCCCCCUUGGAACAGCUAGCUCUAGCCCUCAUCGUCUCAGCUCGAAGGCUCCGCCCAUACUUCCAAGCGCACGAGAUCACGCCCAGGCCUGCAGAGAAGGGUCAAGCUGUUGCCGACUUCAUUUUCGAGCUUACACCUACGGUACCACCAAAACCUGCCAUUUCAGACGCUGAUACCGGAAAACCAGAAAUGCAGAAUACCGAACGCCUUGAUUCUUCUGUUCCUGUAUGGAUUCUGCAUGUCGAUGGCUCUUCAACUCAACAAGGUUGUGGAGCUGUUCUAGUGUUUACUACUCCAGACGGAGCCAAGGUCGAGUAUGCCCUUCGAUUCAACUUCAGAACCUCCAACAACGAGGCAGAGUAUGAGGCGCUCUUGGCCAGCCUUCGGCUAGCCAAGAGCAUGAGAGCAAAACAAAUCAGCAUUUACAGUGACUCCCAGCUCAUAGUGAAUCAGAUAACGGCAGACUUCGCAGCCAAGGAUGCCUCUAUGUCAGCCUACCUGUCGGCAGCCCACCAACUCCUACAAAAAUUCCAGGCCUACGAGAUUCGGCAGAUCCCCAGAUUCGAAAACAGUCACGCCAAUGCACUCUCACGUUUGGCUUCGGAAAUAAACGACAAGGUCGGAAGGAAGGUGCCGGUGGAGAUACUAUCCCAGCCAAGCACGGCAGCUGCUGAAGUAUGUACCGUACGGUACGAAGACACAUGGAUUUCUCCAAUCUAUGCUUUCUUGAUGACCGGAACUAUGCCCAUCGAUAAGUUCCAAGCCCGGAAGCUACGGUAUCGAUCGUCAAGAUACACAUUCAUCAAUGACGUCUUGUACAAGCGAGGCUAUACCACACCAUAUCUGAAAUGCAUUACUACCGAAAAGGGGGACUACGUCUUUCGGGAAAUCCACAGCGGAGUCUGCGGAGACCAUUCAGGGUCCCGAACGCUGGCACACAAGGCCUUUCGGCAAGGGUAUUACUGGCCAACUUUGCACCAAGAUGCAAAUGCGUUAGUGAAGAAGUGCGACAAAUGCCAACAGUUCGGUAAUGUACCUCACAUCCCUGCCGAACCCUUAACGCCGAUCGUAAGCCCAUGGCCUUUUGCCCAAUGGGGACUGGACUUGAUCGGUUCGAUGCCGCAAGGCAAAGGCCAGGUCAAAUACGCCGUAGUUGCCGUGGAUUACUUCACCAAAUGGGUAGAAGCUGAAGCUCUAGCAACUAUAAUGGCAGCCAGAAUGGAGGACUUCAUCUGGACCCACAUUGGUUGCCGAUUCGGUAUGCCCUAUGCAAUCAUCACCGACAACGGCAGACAGUUUGAUUCGGAAGUCUUCAGGGAAACCCCUUUUUCUCUCGCCUUGGGUUCGGAAGCGGUAGUCCCUGUGGAGAUCGACAAGCUUUCCUACCGAACGGAAACCUUUGCUCCAAAGGAGAACGAGGAAGCACUCGCAUUAAGCCUCGACCUAAUCCAAGAACGUCGAGCGCAAGCCAACCUUCGAAACGAAGCUUACAAACAGCGCGUCUCUCAGUACUAUGACUCAAGAGUCAGAUCCCACUUUUUCCGAAUCGGGGAAUGGGUUUUGCGAAAAGUCUUGCUGUCAACUAAGAACCCCAUGGAAGGAACCCUCAGACCUUCCUGGGAAGGACCUUACGAGAUCAUCGGCAUCCUCCGAUCGGAAUCUAUCGCCUCAGAGACUCCAAUGGCAAGACCCUCGGUUAUCCUUGGAACGUCGAACAUCUGA